CAGGAUGAGGCGCAUGCGCGUUGCUGAGGGGCGCUGGAGCUGUACUGUCUCGGCGCGGCGGGGCCGGCCGGGGUUCGGCGGUGGCGCGGAGGGCUUAGGCGGGCAGGGCAGCCGCCAGGAGGGCUGGCGGGGCCAGUCGCGGGGCUCGCUGCAGCAGCUGGCGGAGCGGUACGCGGACCUGGCAGCUAGCUACAGCGAGGCGCUCUGGCAGCGGGCGGAGCAAGAGACGCAGAACGCGCGGCUCCGUCAGGAUAACGCGCGGCUGCGCCUGGAGAACCGCCGCCUGCGCCGCGAGAACCGCAGCCUUUUCCGACAGACCCUGCUGGGCCCCGACGGCCCCGACAAGCCCGCGGCCCCGGUAGAGGAAGCGGAAUCCCUGCGCGCCCAGCUGGGGAAGUUGCAGGAGAGGCACCGCAGGGCCUUGCAGCACCUGCGGCGCUGCCGGACCUCUUGCGGGUCGGAGGCCUCGGGAUUCGACGACAGCGAGCUGGAUGAGCUGCUGGAGGGGGAAGAAGAGGAACAGCCGCCGUAUCCCCCCCAGCAGCCGCUAGAGGAGAAGAGCCCGGUGUCGCUCUUGUAGCUGGCCUCGGGAGAAGGCG